GUCCCGCUGCCCCCUCCCCCUCCGGGAGUCGAAAUUGCCCGGGGAUUAUGUUUCGGAAAGGAAUCCGGCGAGGAAAUACAUGCACUCGCUGAGAAUCGCCGGCGCCAGGACGCAGCGCCACAAGGUGUAGCAAGUGAGUGGGGUGGGGCAAGAGGGGACCCAGGAGUCCCCCAGGCUCCCGGCGCGCCUGCUCCUGCUCUUCAAUCCUGCCCUCGGGGCGGACGGUGUGACCCCCGCCCCGACCAUGGUAGUGUUCAAUGGCCUUCUUAAGAUCAAAAUCUGCGAGGCCGUGAGCUUGAAGCCCACAGCCUGGUCGCUGCGCCAUGCGGUGGGACCCCGGCCACAGACGUUCCUUCUGGACCCCUACAUUGCCCUUAACGUGGACGACUCUCGCAUCGGCCAAACAGCCACCAAGCAGAAGACCAACAGUCCGGCCUGGCACGAUGAGUUCGUCACUGAUGUGUGCAAUGGGCGCAAGAUCGAGCUGGCUGUCUUUCACGAUGCUCCUAUCGGCUACGACGACUUCGUGGCCAACUGCACCAUCCAGUUCGAGGAGCUGCUGCAGAAUGGGAGCCGUCACUUCGAGGACUGGAUUGAUCUGGAGCCAGAAGGAAAAGUGUACGUGGUCAUCGACCUCUCAGGGUCCUCGGGGGAAGCCCCUAAAGACAAUGAAGAACGAGUGUUCAGGGAGCGUAUGCGGCCAAGGAAACGGCAAGGGGCUGUCAGGCGCAGGGUCCACCAGGUCAAUGGCCACAAGUUCAUGGCCACCUACUUGCGGCAACCCACCUACUGCUCCCACUGCAGAGAUUUCAUCUGGGGUGUCAUAGGAAAACAGGGAUAUCAAUGUCAAGUUUGCACUUGCGUCGUCCACAAGCGAUGUCAUGAGCUCAUUAUUACGAAGUGCGCUGGGCUAAAGAAACAGGAAACUCCUGAUGAGGUGGGCUCCCAACGGUUCAGCGUCAACAUGCCCCACAAGUUCGGGAUCCACAACUACAAGGUCCCCACGUUCUGUGACCACUGUGGGUCCCUGCUCUGGGGCCUCUUGCGGCAGGGCUUACAGUGUAAAGUCUGCAAAAUGAAUGUCCAUCGUCGAUGUGAGACCAACGUGGCUCCCAACUGCGGGGUAGACGCCAGAGGAAUUGCCAAAGUGCUGGCUGACCUCGGCGUUACUCCAGACAAAAUCACCAACAGUGGCCAGAGGAGGAAAAAGCUCGUUGCUGGUGCAGAGUCCCCACAGCCGGCUUCUGGAAACUCCCCAUCUGAAGAUGACAGAUCCAAGUCUGCGCCCACCUCCCCUUGUGACCAGGAACUAAAAGAACUUGAAAACAACAUCCGGAAGGCCUUGUCAUUUGACAACCGGGGAGAGGAGCACCGAGCCUCAUCCUCGACUGAUGGCCAGCUGGCAAGCCCUGGCGAGAAUGGUGAAGUCCGGCAAGGCCAGGCCAAGCGCUUGGGCCUGGAUGAGUUCAACUUCAUCAAGGUGUUGGGCAAAGGCAGCUUUGGCAAGGUCAUGCUGGCAGAACUCAAGGGCAAGGAUGAAGUCUAUGCUGUGAAGGUCUUAAAGAAAGACGUCAUCCUGCAGGAUGAUGACGUGGACUGCACAAUGACAGAGAAGAGGAUUUUGGCUCUGGCACGGAAACACCCUUAUCUAACCCAACUCUAUUGCUGCUUCCAGACCAAGGACCGCCUUUUUUUCGUCAUGGAAUAUGUAAAUGGUGGAGACCUCAUGUUCCAGAUUCAGCGGUCCCGAAAGUUCGAUGAGCCUCGUUCUCGAUUCUACGCUGCAGAGGUCACAUCUGCUCUCAUGUUCCUCCACCAACAUGGCGUGAUCUACAGGGAUUUGAAACUGGACAACAUCCUUCUAGAUGCAGAAGGUCACUGCAAGCUGGCUGACUUUGGGAUGUGCAAGGAAGGGAUUCUGAAUGGCGUGACAACUACUACCUUCUGUGGGACUCCUGACUAUAUAGCUCCAGAGAUCCUACAGGAGUUAGAGUACGGCCCCUCAGUGGACUGGUGGGCCCUGGGCGUGCUGAUGUACGAGAUGAUGGCCGGGCAGCCCCCCUUUGAAGCUGACAAUGAGGACGACUUGUUUGAAUCCAUCCUUCAUGAUGAUGUGCUCUACCCUGUCUGGCUCAGCAAGGAGGCCGUCAGCAUCCUGAAAGCUUUCAUGACCAAGAACCCGCACAAGCGCCUGGGCUGUGUGGCGGCGCAGAAUGGGGAAGAUGCCAUCAAGCAGCAUCCCUUCUUCAAGGAGAUUGACUGGGCACUGCUGGAGCAGAAGAAAGUCAAGCCGCCCUUCAAGCCACGAAUUAAAACCAAAAGAGAUGUCAAUAAUUUUGACCAAGACUUUACCCGGGAAGAGCCAGUUCUUACACUUGUGGAUGAAGCGAUCGUGAAACAGAUCAACCAGGAAGAAUUCAAAGGCUUCUCCUAUUUUGGUGAAGACCUGAUGCCCUGAGAAAGCUGCUUCAGGUGGAGUUAGCUCACGCUGCAAGGAGGGUGUUGAGAUAAUCCCAUGUUGCAGAGGCUCAGAAGGUCCUCCUCCCCAGAGCCCCAGUCCCAUGUCCACUCUCUUAUUUAUUGCAUUCCCUCACCCCACGCCAUGUCCUUUCCCACCCUCCCAGUGACCAGAAGGCACUCUUGGGUCUAGACUCACCAAGAUGACAGAUUUGAAUUGUGUCUGCUCUGUGGGUAGCUGUGUACAGUGCUGGGUUUGGAGUAUCCAUCCAUCCGGAACCCGGAAGCAGCUUCAGGUCUUUUAUUACAAAGAAGAAAAAAAAACCACGAAGACUCUGGCUCUGCCACUGGACAUGGAAUCCUGACUCCUCCCUUCUCUCAUUCCUCCUGGUCCCCAGCCUGCCAUCCCU